AUGAUUGAUCAUACAAAAAAAAUUGAAUCAUUUAAGAAAAAACUUCGUAUUAUAAAAGCUCGAGUAUCUUCUGGAAAUAUUGAUAAUUUCACCAACGUUAGUGAGUUUUUAGAAGAAGAUUCUUCAAUCAAGUUCGAAGACAUUUCUGAAUUAGUAAACGAACAUUUGACAAACUUAGAACAAUUAUUUAAACAAUAUUUUCCUGAGGAUAUUCGUGUAAAUUAUGAGUGGAUUGAACAACCAUUCGCAAUAGAUAUAAUGACAGUAAAUAUGUCUACUGACAUUGAAAAUCAAUUAAUUGAGCUAUCGUGUGAUAACAAAUUGAAACAAAUGUUUUGUGAAACUUCAUUAGAAAUAUUUUGGGCACACUUAUGCACGGGAAAUUACGCAGAAUUAGCAACUAAAGCCAUCUCAAUUUUAUUAAUAUUUCCAUCUACAUAUUUAUGUGAAAAGGCGUUUUCUACUAUGGCAAAUUUUAAAACAUCAAAGAGAAACAGACUUGAAACUGAAGAUGAUUUACGGAUCGCGCUUAGUCAAAUUGAGCCAAGAUGGAAUUUAUUAUGUGAAAACACUCAAGGACAAAGUUCACAUUAA